AUGGAAGUGAUGAAGUUUCAGGCGAUUUCAUUCGUACCUUUUGGAUUAAUGUCAACUAUUUGUAAUGCAAUCUUAAUUGCAGCGAUUUUACGCAAUAGAAAACUUCGAGUUCGACAAGAGUUAAAAAUUAUUGCAGCACAAUCAUUUGCAGAUUUAGUUGAAGCGCUGGCAACAUUAUUAGGCGGUUUAUAUCGUCUUAUCAUAAUUGUUGCUGACUUAAAAGGAAUUGAAUUUAGUGGAUUUCAAUGUAUGCUAUUGCCACAUUCAUGGAUGUGGCGUUGGUCAGAUUUCGCUACAUCAUUCAUGCUUUUAGUUGUAACGUUUGAUCGCAUUCUUUCAGUUGCCGUGCCAGUGGAAUACUUUGCUUUCAAUAAUACUUACCCAUUUGUUGCUAUUAGUACGCCAUAUUUUUUAUCAACUUUCUUAUCAAUGUUUGCAUGGUAUUAUCCAAUAACAAUGACGGAAAAAUUAUCAAUAUUAUGCUUAAAUGUAUAUCUUUCACCAAAAUUUUAUUCCUUAUCGAAGUAUUUAACAAGUUUUGCAACUGCUUUAAGUAUUCUUUUGUAUAUACCAGUUAUCAUAUUGGCACGAAGGCAGAUGAAAGCGAUGAGGAAGAAAAUAUCAGAAACACAAAUCGACCAUCGACGGCGAAUACAACUACGAAUGACUUUAACAAUUGCAUUUAGUAGUUGUUGUACAUUUUUUCUGGAUUGUGUUCCUCGAGCAAUCGGUAUAUAUGGAACGACGAAAUUAAUGGCUGAAGAAAAUAUUCAAUGCGAAAGCGUGAUGACAAUGCUUUUUCAUUUAACAAAGCUUAAUUCAAUCAUUGCUUUCUUUCUAUUUUAUUGUCGAAAUGAACUCAUAAAGCAGACCGUUAAUUCUAUGUUUAACCUUAAUCAUGCAAGUAAUUAUUAUUUCUUUGUUAUUUGUUUCAAUUAA